UGUGUGUGUGUGUGUGUGUGUGUGUGUGCGCCCGUGUGUGUAGUAGGUUUGUGUGAAUGUUGUUGGUCACUACGUCGCCUGCGCACCUGUGUGUAUGUGUGCUAAUUACCGCAACUACAGAGGGAAUCACAGGUGCCACACAGUUGUUCAACCGUAGCUGUGUGCGUGUGAUAGUCUGCGUGUUUUUGGUCUAGCUUGAUUGUUUUUUAACUUUUUUCAGUGGGCAAAGUCAGUUUUUAUAGAUGUUUUUAAACGUAUUGCUGAAUAAAGUGAUGAACUCAGACGUCAUGGCGGACCCCACUUGCACCAGCACGAGUUGUUGUUAGAUUGCCACCUCAUUUUGUUGAAAUAGCCUACUACGCUUCAGAGGACGGAACAAUUGGAUUUGCAAGACUGGUAUCACGAGUAGACCGGAGAAGAAAUAAGAGGUUGAUGGGAAUCGGCAAGAAACAGAAAGUACCUGACUGCGCAUACAGUAGUCAUUUCUGUCACUGAUUAGUCGCUGGAACAUAUCUCUGCUUGUGUGACGCCUGACCUUUGACCCCUGAAGUCCAGCAUUGAGAAGUGCCUUGAUGGUACAAACUUUUAACAGACAGACAGACCAACACAUCCACCUGAGAAUCAGGAUGUCUGAGCUGCCUGCUUUCCCCCGAAUGACCUUCCUGUUGCUUUGCAUUCUGGGUAUGACCUUGGUGACAUCUGGCUUCCCUCAGUCUCGACUACCCCUCAGAAGUCCUGAUGAUUCAGAGGAACCUACACGAGAUGACUGGGAUGUCCUCUUCCCCGCCAUCUCUCUCCGUGAUUGGAGCAUUCAAAUGAUGUCAUCGCCCAGCCUCGGAGCAGCAGCAGCCGACAGCAAGGCAGGACUGAUGAGGGAGGCGUGGCUGUUUGCCCCCCAGAGGCCAGAGGCCAGCGUGGAGAGGGUGUGGCCGGCCGAGUGGUCGCCUCAGGGUGCCGGCAUGGUGAAGAGGAACAUGGUGGUGGCUGAUGAUUCUGCCUUCAGAGAGAAGAGUAAACUCCUCACCUCCAUGGAGAGACAGAAGUGGCUCAACUCCUACAUGCAGAAACUACUGGUGGUUAAUUCAUAAUGAUAAUUUAUUCUUUACAGUCCUUUUAUUCAAAUCAAACCACCUCUGCAAAACGUUUUUUUUUUUUUUUUUUAAGGUAUACCCUAAGUCUUAUUAUUGCUCAGUCGUUAACUUAUGAGACAAGAAUAAACCGUAGACAUCAAAGGUCAUUAACGCAUUAGUGCUCAAGUCUAGCAUCUUAAUACUCGUAUUCCUAUUUUUUGCAGCACUUUCACCAUCUUAUGGUCCUGAAAAUAAUUUGGUGUUAUAUUAUUUCAUGAAUAAAUAAAGAUGUAAAU